AUGUCUCAAAAGCCUGAAAAUUUAUGCAGUCAGGUCCCAAGCCCAACGGUGAAUUUUUCAUAUGUUGCUGGAGAAUCAGGCGAUAUAUCAGAGCGGGUAGCCUUCUGGGACGCUCCAUCUACCGUGCAAUGGUUUCGGGACCAUGGCUACAUUUUAUAUCAACGAGGACCACCUCAAAUUGCCGAUGAGCCAUCCGAGCUCACAUUCCCAUCCAACUCAUCGACAGAGGCGUCAGCUGCCGAUUACCCGUAUGCCCACUAUGAUUUGACCGACACCCUUUGGGCUAGAGAAUCGGAGGCCAAAGUAGUCUUCGCACAGAACUCACUCAACCAUCAUGUAGCCAUCAAACUGGUCAAGGCCGAUACCGACGAACUAAAAAUUCUGCAAUUCUUGAAAACAUUAGACUUAAAUGUGCUCAGAGACAAUUGCGUUAUUCCUGUCCUCGACAUCUUAUCUAUUGAGGGGUUCUCUUUUGUGGUAAUGCCCAGAUGGGGAAUUUACCCGCUGCACCCUUGGCCACAAACGUUGCGAGACUUGCUGAUGUUAAUGCACUCUCAACUCAGAGCCUUAAACUUCUUGCAUAAACAUAAUAUUGCUCAUAGAGAUAUCAACGAAGGCAACUUCUUGGUGAAUCACUGUGUUCAUGACGAUGAUGCACUGCAAUCAACAGUCAGAAAGGAAUUACGCUCCCAAAAUCACCUGUUAUACGCCAUUUUCGACUUCGACCACUCGGUCAAGUUGCCACCUGGCGUCGAUAGGUCUCAAUUUCGCCUUCCAUAUAAAAAAUCAUGGGGUUCUAUCAAUGUCAUCUCUGAUACCGCACAAGGAGAGUAUGAUUUCAAUCCAUUCAUCUUCGAUGUUGGCGCGCUCGGUGUGCUUUUCUGUUACAAAUAUCAGAAUCCAGGCAUAGCAGUCAAUUUCUCGCUUGUCGCAGGGGAAUCAGGGGAUAUAGCAGAGCGGAUAGCCUUCUGGGACGCUCCAUUGACCGUGCAAUGGUUUCGGGACCAUGGCUACAUCUUGUAUCAACGAGGGCCACCUGAAAUUGGAGAUGAGCCUUCCCAACUCACAUUCCCAUCCCAUUCAUCGACAGAGGCGUCAGCUGCCGAUUACCCAUAUGCGUACUAUGACCUGACCCACAACCUUGGGGCUAGAGAUUCCGAGGCCAAAGUAGUCUUCGCACAGAAUUCACUCAACCAUCAUGUGGCAAUCAAAUUGGUCAAGGCCGAUACCGACGAACUAAAAAUUCUACAAUUCUUGAAAACAGUAGACUUAAAUGUGCUCAAAGACAAUUGCGUUAUUCCUAUCCUCGACAUCUUACCCAUUGAGGGAUUCUCUUUUGUGGUAAUGCCCAGAUGGGGAAUUUACCCAUUUCGUCCAUGGCCACGAACGUUGCGUGAAUUGCUAGGGUUGAUACAUUCUAAACUCAGAGCCUUAAACUUCUUGCAUGAACAUAAUAUUGCUCAUAGAGAUAUCAACGAAGGCAACUUCUUAGUGAACCACUGUCUUCAUGACGAUUACGUACUACAUCCAACAAUCAGAAGGGAAUUGCGCUCUCAAGAUCGUCUGUUAUAUGCGAUUUUUGACUUUGAUCAGUCUAUCAAGUUGCCACAUGGUGUCGAUAGGUCCCAAUUCCGCCUUCCGUACUACAAAUCAUGGGGUACAUACAACGUCGUCUCUGACACGGCACAAGGAGAGUACGAUUUCAAUCCAUUUAUCUUCGAUGUUGGUGCACUCGGCGUGAUUUUCUGUCGGCGCUUUCAGCUCAACUCGAACAAGAAAUAG